UGGGCUAACAGGCCCACAGGGACUGAUGGGGAGGGAGGCUGAGUAGCUUGUACUGUGGGCACGCCUGCUCCUUUCCCUUCCCCCUUCCCUUAGCAGCAACGUCACCGCAGCACCAGCAGCCGCGGCAGCAGCCAGGAGCCGGGCUGGGAUUGCACAGCCUCCCUGCCUUAGCUAGGAUGCCAUUGUAUUAGCAGAAAUCAGAUCUUAGGGACUCGGCCCACUUCCUCCAGUGUGGCCCUGUGGAACAGUGCCUCAGCUGGAACUGUCAAGGUGAGCUCGGUGGGAGUGCGAAAGGAACAGGAGCCUCCAGUCCAGCUCAAGGCUCCUUACAGAGGUGCCAAGCUCUCCUGAUGAAAUGUGUUCUGCCCCACUGGGCUCUGGGGGCAGUGUCUGGUGCUGUUGAUGCCCUUAUUCGAACUUUCCAGAAUGGAUAGUCCUCCAAAGCUGACUGGAGAGACCCUCAUCGUCCACCACAUCCCCCUAGUACACUGUCAAGUUCCAGACAGGCAGUGCUGUGGAGGGGCAAGUGGAGGUAGUGGGAGCACAAGACCCAAUCCCUUCUGCCCAGCUGACCUAGGUGUCACCCAGCCUGACCAAGACCUGGGACAAGCUGACUCCCUGCUCUACAGCAGUCUGCACUCUGCUCCAGGGGCAUCUACACGGUCUGCAGACAGCACCAAGAGUAGAGGCCGGGAUGGAAGAGGACCUGGAGCCCCCAAACGACACAAUCCCUUCUUGCUGCAAGAGGGUGUGGGUGAGCCAGGACUUGGUGACCUGUAUGAUGACAACAUCAGUGGCAGUGCCACACAGCAGUCCUUCCACCUGCACAGCACUGGCCAGCCUACUUCCCAUCUGUCUUCUUUCCAGCUGCCACCAUCUGGCCCUGGAGUGGGCAGGCCAUGGGUGGCUACACGAAGCCGGGCUGGAGUGGUGGAGGGGCAGGAAAAGGAGCCAGUGAUGGCCUUUGAUACCCAGCGGCAUAGCACUAGCCACUGCUGCCGGCCAGAGCUAGAAGCAGAGACAAUGGAGCUGGAUGAGUGUGGGGGGCCUGGUGGGAGUGGCAGUGGUGGGGGAGCCAGUGAUACUUCUGGCUUCUCCUUUGACCAGGAAUGGAAGCUCAGUUCAGAUGAAUCACCAAGGAACCCCGAAUGUUCUGGCUUGGGAGCUCAGCACUGCCGCUGCAGUAGCACAUCCAGUCAGUCUGAGGCAGCUGACCAGUCCAUGGGGUAUAUCAGCGACUCCUCCUGCAACAGUUCAGAUGGUGUGUUGGUCACCUUCAGCACGCUUUACAACAAAAUGCAUAGUAAUUCCCGUGCCAAUCUCAACUCUGCCCCACAGUCUUGCAGUGACUCUUCCUUCUGCAGCCACUCAGACCCUGGCGCCUUCUACCUGGACUUACAACCCUCCCCAGCAGAGUCUAAGAUGUCUUGCGAGUCCCACCACCCUGAAAGUGGAGGAAGGGAAGGGGGCUGUGGUUGUCCUCAUGCCUCAUCUCCUGAGCUUGAUGCCAACUGCAACUCCUACCGCCCACGCUGUGAGCCAUGCCCAGCUGUGGCUGACCUCACAGCCUGCUUCCAGAGCCAAGCCCGCCUUGUUGUGGCCACACAAAAUUACUAUAAACUUGUCACUUGUGACUUAUCCUCUCAGUCAUCCCCAAGCCCAGCUGGCUCAUCCAUCACCAGCUGCUGUGAAGAACAUACCAAGAUAAGUCCCCCACCAAGUUCUGACCCAGACCCUGGCCCCAGUCAGCCCUCUGAGUAUUACCUCUUCCAGAAGCCAGAAGUACAGCCAGAAGAACAAGAAGCAGUGGGUUCCUCAGCAGAACCAGCAGGCGUCGUGGGCCCCACUGUGCUCGAAGGGCAAGUGUACACGAAUACUUCACCCCCCAACCUCAGCACUGGACGCCAGCGCUCUCGCAGCUAUGACCGCAGCCUUGAGCGCAGCCCUCCUGUCCGCCUGGGCUCACUGGAACGCAUGUUGAGUUGCCCAGUACGCUUGAGUGAGGGCCCUGCAGCCUUGGCUGGGCCUAGCUCCCCACCCAAGAGGGUCACCUCCUUUGCUGAGCUGGCCAAAUGCAGGAAAAAAGCUGCGGGCUCUGGCUCCCCCCCACUUCGGGUGAGCAUUGAGGACUCCUCCCAGGAGUUCUCACCUAUCCAAGAAGCCCAGCAAGAUAGGGUGGGUGCACUGGAUGAGGGCACUCACUGUAGCCAUAGCCUACCAUCCAUGCCCUUGGGGCCAGGCCUGGACCUACUUGGCCCAGAGCCCUGGUCUACCCAGAUCUGUCAAGGCCCUCAGACCAGUGAGACGUCAUCUGCUGGCCUCAGAGCUGCUGGGCAAGGCCCCCUGGCACAGCUGAUGGAUCCAGGGCCUGCUCCCCCAAGGAGUCCAGCCAACAGCCAUACCCAGAGGGAUGCAAGAGCUAGAGCUGACGGGGGUGGUGCUGAAAGCCGACCGGUCCUGCGCUACAGCAAGGAGCAGAGGCCAACCACGCUGCCCAUCCAGCCCUUCGUGUUCCAGCACCACUUCCCCAAGCAGCUGGCCAAGGCCCGGGCCCUCCACAGCCUUUCCCAGCUCUACAGCCUCUCAGGCUGCAGCCGUGUGCAGCAAACUGUCUCACUGGCUGUCCCUGCUGCUCAGGGCCCAGCCCCAGCUCCCUCAGAGGAGCCACAGGCAUCGUCACCCCAAACCCCUAGCAGAGGUGCCAGGAAAGCUGGGCCUGAGCCAGAGACCUCGAGGCCAUCACCCCUGGGCAGCUACUCCCCCAUCCAGAGUGCUGGCCCCUUCACUGACUCUUCUGCCUCUACUUCCUGCUCCCCUCCUCCAGAGCAGGCCACAGCCCCUGAAAGCCUGCCCGCAUGGAGCCAUUCUUGUUCUUCAGCUGUUCGGCCUGCCGCCUCCCAGCAGCCACAGAAGGAGGAUCAGAAGAUACUGACCUUGGCUGAGUACCGACUCCAUGGAACAGGAAGCUUGCCACCUCUGGGCUCCUGGAGAUCUGGCUUCAGCCGGGCAGAGAGCCUGGCCCGAGGAGGUGGUGAGGGCAGCAUGGCCUCCAGGCCCAAUAAUGCCAACCACUUAUCUCCUCAAGCCCUCAAGUGGCGGGAAUACAGGAGGAAGAACCCACUAGGGCCACCUGGUUUGUCAGGGAGCCUAGACCGAAGGCCUCAGGAAGCACAGCUGGCUCGCAGGAACCCCAUCUUUGAGUUCCCUGGCUCCUUCAGUGCUACCAGCCAUCUGAACUGUCGGCUAAAUGGUCAAGCAGUGAAGCCAUUACCACUGACCUACCCAGAUUUCCAAGACCCCUUUUCCUUGACUGAGAAGCCUCCUGCUGAGUUUUGUCUGUCCCCAGAUGGCAGUUCAGAGGCUAUUUCCAUUGACCUGCUUCAAAAAAAAGGACUGAUAAAAGCUGUCAAUACUGCUGUGGACCUCAUUGUGGCCCAUUUUGGCACAAGCCGGGAUCCUGGGGUAAAGGCAAAGCUUGGAAACAGUUCUGUGAGCCCAAACGUUGGCCACCUUGUUCUCAAGUACUUGUGCCCUGCAGUCCAGGCCGUGCUGGAGGAUGGACUCAAGGCCUUUGUGCUAGAUGUGAUCAUUGGGCAACGGAAGAACAUGCCAUGGAGUGUGGUUGAAGCUUCCACACAGCUGGGCCCAUCCACCAAGGUCCUGCAUGGUCUCUGCAACAAAGUCAGCCAGUUUCCAGAGCUCACCAGUCAUACCAUGCGCUUCAAUGCAUUCAUCCUUGGCCUGCUCAACAUCCGGUCCUUGGAGUUCUGGUUUAAUCACCUGUUUAACCAUGAAGACAUCAUCCAGACCCACUACCAGCCCUGGGGCUUCCUAAGUGCAGCUCACACCGUGUGCCCUGGCCUCUUUGAGGAGCUGCUGCUGCUGCUACAGCCCCUGGCCUUGCUGCCCUUCAGCCUUGACUUGCUGUUCCAGCACCGGCUGCUGCAAAGUGGGCAGCAGCAGCAGCAGCACAAGGAACUACUGCGGGUGUCCCAGGACCUGCUGCUGUCUGCCCACUCCACACUUCAGUUGGCCCGAGCCCGGAGCCAGGAGGGCCCUGGAGACAUGGACAGGACAACUCAUGGAGAGCGGGUGAAGGGUGUAGGUGCCCCGGAAGGUGGAGAAGAGGAAGAGUCAGAAGAGGUGGCAGAGCCAGCUGGGGGUUUGGGACAUGGCAGGUGGGCUCGAAGCGGGCAGGCUGGCUGGUGGUAUCAGCUCAUGCAGAGCUCCCAGGUCUACAUUGAUGGCUCCACAGAGGGUUCCCGGUUCCCUCGAAGCAGCAGCAGCAGCGGUAGUGGUAGUGAGAAAAAGAAAGGGGCAGGAGUUGGGGGACCCCCCCAAGCUCCACCGCCACGAGAGGGAGUAGUAGAAGGGGCUGAGGCCUGCCCAGCCCCUGAGGAGGCCCUUGGCCGGGAGAAGGGCUGGCCCUUCUGGAUGGGGAGCCCUCCUGACUCCGUGCUGGCUGAGCUGAGGUGCAGUCGGGAGCGGGAGGGGCCUCCUGCCCCGCCAGCAGAAAAUGAGGAAGGGACCUCUGAGCCUUCACCUGGGGGCAUCAAGUGGGGACACCUCUUUGGUUCCCGAAAAGCUCAGCGAGACGCCCGGUCCAUAAACAGGCUCCCCUCAGACUGGCUGAGUUUGGACAAGUCCGUGUUCCAGUUAGUGGCACAGACAAUGGGUGCCCGCCGGGAGCCAGAGCCCAAGGAGAGCCUGCAGGAACCACACUCUCCAGCCCUGCCUUCCCAGCCUCCAUGUGAGGUGCAGGCAAUGUGCCACCAUCUGGCCACAGGCCCCGGACAGCUGAGCUUCCACAAGGGAGACGUCCUACGGGUGCUGGGACUAGCCGGAGGAGACUGGCUGCGCUGCAGCCAUGGCCCUGACACUGGCUUGGUGCCUCUGGCCUAUGUGACGUUGACCCCAACUCCAACUCCAACCCCUGGAAGCAGCCAAAACUGAGGCCCUGUGCAUGCUGGUGGCCUCAGGGACCCUCAUAACCCCCAGCCGGAGAGCCCAAGAACCCUUCCCAAGCCCUCAGGCUUGGCUGUAUAAAGUUGACUGAGAGCUGGGGGCCACAUAUCCCUGUGCUGGCACCUGCUCCCUGUGCUCAGUAUUAAUUACUCCCCUUAACUGUCCCAGUGACUAUGUCCAGACCUCCACCCAAUAAAGGAGGGAAGGGAUGUAUCACUGGGCUGCCAGGAUGUCCCCGACCAUCUGGGCCAACCCUUCCAUGGGUGUAGAGCAGCAAGUCCCUACAGAGGGAGGUAGCCCAGAAGGCCAUUUGUAGGGUUUCCUAGGCCAAGUAGUAAUGAGGAUGGUUAACAGUAUUGGGGCUAGAUCUCUCAGCCCCCCAAACUGUAAAUACACUGUGACCAGUGGCUGGUCAUCAGAAGAGGGAGAAGGAGCCCAGGCUUCUGUUUAUGUAUUUAUUUAUUUAUUUAUUACACCUAUUAAUAAAAAAGGUGCUCAGCCUCCAAA